AUUUUCUUAUAUAAAUUCAUAAUCCUUUUUAUACAAAAACCAUUGCCAUCACCUAGAAAAUACUACCCGCCAACCCCACACUGCUGUCUCCUACCUGAAGGAAAUUUCCCAUUUGCCUUCUCCAUUUCAUUUUAUGUAGUUAGUGUUUGCUUUCUUGUUUCUUGCUAAAAGAACCAUCUGCUGACAGAAACACACUCUUUCUUGUUAGGUUGAUCAUAGUUUCUUUCUUUUCUUGUUUAUGUUAUAAAACAAGAAUGAUGAAGGGUUCUUCUUCUUCUAAAGUAGGGAACAAUAGUUACGAUUACUCUUUCAAAAUUUUAUUGAUUGGGGAUUCUGGUGUUGGUAAGAGUAGUAUCCUUCUAAGUUUCAUUUCUAACUCUGUUCAUGACCUCUCCCCUACUAUUGGUGUGGAUUUCAAGAUCAAGAUGCUCAGUGCUGGUGGGAAAAGGUUGAAGCUCACAAUUUGGGACACAGCUGGGCAGGAAAGAUUUGGAACACUAAUAAGCUCUUACUACAGGGGGGCACAUGGAAUUAUCCUUGUUUAUGAUGUGACUCGCCGAGAAACCUUCACAAACUUGUCAGAUACAUGGGCAAAGGAAGUUGAGCUCUACUCUACUAAUAAAGAAUGUAUCAAAGUCCUCGUUGGAAAUAAAGUUGAUAGGGAUAGUGAAAGAGCUGUAAGUAAAGAGGAGGGGAUGGCUCUUGCAGAGGAACACAAAUGUUCAUUUCUUGAAUGCAGUGCUAAAACCAGAGAAAAUGUGCUGCAAUGUUUUAAGGAGCUUUCGUUAAAGAUAUUAGAGGUACCUAGUCUAUUGGAAAAUGGAUCUGCGGCAGUCAAGCAACAUGUUUUAAAACAGAAACAAGAAUACAAGGCAUUGCAUGGAGGUGGUUGCUGCUCCUAAUAAAAAUGUCAAAACACUAAGGUAUAUAUUGUGCGCCAUCAAACGGCCUGCCUCUUGUACACUGUUCAGAUUCCAACACUGUAGAUGAUAACGUGCUCUUCCUAAAGCUUGGUCGUACUAGUUUGAGUAAUGGUAGGAGGCGGUUGUAAAAUCUUUAGUUCGUGUCACUCCUCCAUUUUGAUAUUGAGGUAGUGUUGGGUCUAGACUUUAUAGACUUGAGAGUUGAAUGGUUCCCUUUCUUUUUUUUUUGGUUUCCCUGCUUUUUACAGUUAAAUAGUGUUCAGGAUGCUAGUUCCUUGUAAAAGUAAUAUAGCAUUUUGGAUCAAAUGGUUUAUACUUGUGUAUACAAAACAGAUGUAUAUUAGAAUGAAAGUGCUAAAUUUAGGA